CGCCGAUCGCGCUUCUCGCAUUUCCUGCUGACGGGAUCCGUUGUAACAACCAAAAGCGAGGAAAACGGACACUGACUCGACUGACGGGGCAGCAAGGAGCGGUACACAUGGGUACCAAAUGCCUCGGCAGUCUCGCUCUUCAACGACACACGCGCGUCCGCAGCGACGUCAGUCCGACCCGUCCGGGGAUCACCGAGUUUAAAUAAUAAACUCGCCGAUAAUAAGUUCACCGAGACCUUGUACUAAAUCUGAAACAACGACAACGACGACGACGACGAAGGCGGCGGCGGCGGAGACGGCGACGACGACGACGAGAGGCGCAACGUCUUCCUCGCGCGCGGAGUCGAGCCGAGGGAGACCAACUAUGAUGCUGGACUCGUGACUUCCGACUACAUCGAUUCGCAAACGGCAGCGACUUAAGGGCAUCCGAUUCAUGAAGCAGGAAGACUACCGUCGACACCGACCACGACCGAAGCUGAAGAGGCACUCGUUUAAGGGCUGACGAGACCAACACACCCCCUGUGACAAUCGAGCCGCUUUGCAUCCCGAAUAUCGUGUCACGUCGCUUCGAGAAGCCAGAAAUUAGAAUCGUCCCUCUUUCUUUCCUCCCUUCCUCUCUCUUUCUCUUUCUGUCUCGCUCUUUCCUCCUCUCCUCUCUGACGCUCAACCCUCAAUUCGGUAUCUCGCUUCCGCGCGGAGGAUCGAUAUUUCGUCCCGACGGCGGCUAUUAACGACACGCGUACUUUCAUUCGCCCCCUCUCUCACUCCGUUUUUCACGCUACGAUUGCUUCCAAACGUAACGUUAGGUGCGCCAACCCCCGGCUGCCAACCCGUCGCUUCUUCCGUCAAUGUCAGGUAGCGCGUGCCGAAGGCCCGGGUAUCGCUCCAACCCCCGAUCGGCCGUCGAUAUCCUUCGACAGCGCGAGGACUGGUAACACGUGACCCCCGGAUUCCCUCGUAACUCGCGUAUCGCGUCGGCCGGCGCUCGAUUUUUAUCGGGUCACCUACGUGCCACCCGCCCACUCUGUUUCGCCAAGAGGUCCUACCCUAUCCUAUGACGUAUCCUUCCUCGUACCUCGCGCCCUUGUCAUCCUGCCUCAGCCCGCCUCUACGCGGCCGCGUAUGCGUCCGCAAACAGUCAAUAAGGAGUACCGUCGGGGCACGCACGUACCAGAAAGGGACGGACGGGACUCGGACGAGAGACCAUUCCUCUCAUCGCGGAGACCGAGUGCACGCUUAAUAUUAAGAAACGAAUUGUUACUGGUUACACACCUCGACGGGGGCGAGGCCGAUAUCUCAGUAUUUUUUCGGACGCGAUAGUGCGGACGCUGUUGACAUUACGAAUUAAGUGAAAGCUAACUACUGUUGCUGCUGUUAUUGUUAUUGUUGUUUAACGUUAUUGUUAUAUCCCGUUAUUGCUGCACGGCUCGCCGCCCAUCCGCUCCCGCACGAGUCGACGAAGAGCGCGCGGCGGUGGUAGUUGCCUCUGCGCGAGAUCUGCGAGGGGUUCGCGUCAGCUCGCGGACGCGAAGAUACCGCGUGUCUCUGCCAAAUCGCGUCGGUAGAUCGUCGGCGGAGCGGAAGACCCCGGGGAUAUUCGUGUGUACACGGGAAAAAGGAAAUAAACAGCCGGCAGGAAGUGGCGGUGAGAAGUGGCACGUGGGGGCGAGCCUGGCAAACAAACCCGAGGAGGUGCGCUAAAGAUCUCAAUUAAGUACACCACCCGCUAGGAAGCGAGUGAUCGGUGAUUCUCUGUGUACCCAUCGGGAUCCACGGGAGAAUGGUAGCCGAGACCGGAAGAAAUGGGCACGAGCUGGCUCCCUUGAACAACCACCGCCAAUCCGGCCACAACGUGACGAUCGUGGCGACCGGAAGUCAACAUGUUGGCACCGUCCAGGAGACGAAGGAGGAGAACAGGGCGGCAUGGAGCGGGAAAAUGCAAUUCUUUCUCAGUAUUAUUGGAUACAGCGUCGGCCUGGGCAAUAUCUGGAGGUUUCCUUAUCUGUGCCAACAGAACGGAGGUGGUGCCUUCCUCAUACCCUUUUUCAUCAUGCUCAUUUUGGAGGGUGUACCCCUCUUCCUGAUCGAGCUGGGUCUCGGACAACGUAUGCGGCAGGGCGCCCUGGGCGUUUGGAACACAAUACACCCAUGGCUAGGCGGUAUAGGGAUCGCGUCGUGUAUAGUGACGUUUUUCGUUGCGCUUUACUACAACGUAAUUAUUACCUGGUGCGUCUUCUACCUCUUCAACUCGCUCGAGGCUGUUACGAUCAAAUUUGGUGAAUCACUGCCGUGGGCACAAUGCCCGGAAUUGAACGGGAAACCGGUCGAGGAAUGCGUUAAGAGUUCGGAGACCGCGUAUUUUUGGUACAGGACUACCUUGGACGCGGCACCAUCCAUCGAGGACGGCCAAGGUCUCAAAUGGUGGAUCGUACUUUGUCUCUUGCUCAGUUGGAUUGUUGUGUUUUUUAUCGUCAUGAAGGGGAUACAAUCGUCUGGCAAAGUGGUAUACUUUACGUCCAUGUUCCCGUAUCUGGUACUGACCAUCUUUUUCAUCCGCGGGAUAACAUUGAGGGGUGCGGGCGCUGGACUGGCGCAUAUGUACACGCCAAAGGUCGAGAAAUUGUUGGAGCCCACGGUCUGGCUUGAUGCGGCGACCCAGGUCUUCUAUAGCUUCGGGCUGGCGUUCGGCUCCCUGAUCGCGUUCGGCAGCUACAACACUCCUGACAACAACUGCGUGAGGGACGUGAUCCUGGUGAGCGUGUGCAACGCGUUUACUGCCAUUUACGCGAGCGUUGUCAUUUUCGCCAUUUUGGGGUUCAAGGCAAUGUCAAACGUGGACAAGUGCGUCGUCAGCGCGAGGGAUACCCUGAUACAAAAUGGGCUGUUGGAUAAUUCGACCUCGUUCAACCUCGAGGACUACGAACUCUUGAUGGACACCUUCAACUCCUCGGCAAUGAACCUCACAAUGAAGUCAUGCAGUCUCAGCAAGGAAUUGGACAACGCCGCCGAGGGCACCGGACUGGCUUUCAUCAUAUUUACACAGGCGAUCGUGGAACUGCCGGGAGCGCCGUUUUGGUCUUGCAUUUUCUUCAUGAUGCUUCUAGCACUCGGCCUGGGCUCGCAAAUCGGCUUACUCGAGGGCAUGCUCUGCGUAAUCUUUGACAUAGAUCUCUUCAAGAGAAUAAAGAAGCAAUACAUGACAGGAGUUGUUUGCGUCAUAUGCUUUUUCGUGGGACUCAUCUUCUGCACUGGCGCUGGAGAGUAUUGGCUGAAAAUGUUUGACAGUUUUGCCGGCACCAUCGGUCUCGUUAUAGUCGCCCUGAUGGAAAUGAUCUCCGUGGUUUUCGUGUACGGCCAUGAAAAAUUUACGAAGGACAUCGAAGAGAUGACCGGAUAUAAACCCGGGCCUUAUUGGCAAUUCACGUGGCGGUUUCUCGCUCCCAUAAUAAUGGUUUGCAUCCUUCUGUUCAGCAUCGUUUCCAUGUUCAUCAAGAAACCGCAAUAUUCGGCGUGGAAUGCAGCAACGGGUGAAGCAGUGCCCACGAGUUAUCCUGGCUGGGUGCUGGGUAUCGCUGUCGUCAUCAUUUUGGCAGGAAUCGCUCCGAUUCCGAUUGUUUUCCUUCUGCGUCGAUUCCAGCUGGUGAAACUCGACGUGGAUAUACAUCAAGGCAGUAUUCGACGCAUCGACACCACCGUUUCUACUAAAGAAAUGAUGGGCGACGUUGAUCUUGAUGAAUACCACGAUCGGCUUGAGGACUUCCCGGAAGAAGACGAGGACAUUAAUAGCGACGAUGAUACGAAUUCCGCACCUUCUAUGAGUAAACUAGCUAACAAAGCGAUGAAGGGUAGGGCCUUCAAAAUGGAAGUAAUGAAUUUUUAAAACGCAUAAUCGGCGAGACGUUUUCCGUUUGUUCGUAAUCUAAAUAUACAGUAAUAGAUAUCAAAUUAUACAUACGUAAAGACUUAAGUAAUUUUAUUACAUUAUUAUAAUUUGUGGAAUAAAUUAAUUAUUUUUAUUUUUAAUUAUAAUCAUUAAUUUGUAAAUUGGAGGAAAUUAGGUUUUAACGAAGAAUAAUAUAUGUAUUGUACAUAUAUUAUUAGGGUGCUCCGCACAACACCGCUCACGGAAAGAUAGAAAUGGUUGAGACAAAUAGAAAAGUCCUAUACCAUUUUGCAAUUUUGGUAAUAGUUAUCGAGAUAUUCAUGAUCAAAAAUCGCCGUAUUAGCUCGACUUACCGCCAAAUGUAAGCACGGAGUGAGAUGCAUCCAUCCAUCGAUCGUCGUGAUACGACCUCCGACUCUUGUCGAUGGAUGGCAAGGGGGGAGGGAAGGGGGGCUAAUACGGCGAGUUUUGAUCGUCAAUAUUUCGAUAACUAUUGCGAAAAUUACAAAAUGGUACAGGACUUUUCUAUUUGUCUCAGUCUCUUCUAUCUUCUCGUGAGCGGUGUCAGGAGUUGUGCGGAGUACCCUGUAUAUAAUAAUUAUACGCAUUUAAGUUAAUAUAUUAUAUAUACAGUGUAUAUAUAAUAUAUU